AUGGUUAAAAAGGACAGCGAGAGCAGCUGCUGCAGUAAUGGUAGCCACGAUCAUGAAGACCACACUCUUUCCAAUGACGCCGUCGUCACAAAGUAUCAAGUUGCUGCUGAGAUCACCAAUGCAGUCCUCAAGGAAGUGAUCGCCAACAUCAAAGAAGGUGCAGUCGUUGGAGAUCUCUGUGACAUCGGAGACAAAAUGAUUUCGGAAAGAACUGGCAAGCUCUACAAGAAGGAAAAGAACUUCACAAAGGUUGUAUUGAAGAACGGACAGGUAGUCAAGAUUGACCUUGGAGUUCAUAUCGACGGUUUCAUCGCCACUGCUGCGCAUACUGUCGUUGUUGGAGCAUCGAAAGACAACAAAGUCACCGGAAAGAUUGCUGAUCUUCUUCGUGGAACAUACGAUGGUUUGGAAAUCGCCAUCCGUUCUCUCCGACCAGAAGCGUCCAACACUGACGUUACCAGGAACAUCGACAAAACUGCUUCCGAAUUCGGACUUACUCCAAUCGAGAACAUGCUUUCCCAUCAACUCGAGAGAAACGAAAUUGAAGGAGAAAAGAAGAUCAUCCAGAACUCAGGAGAAAAGCAAAAGGGUGAAGUUGAAAAGGUCACAAUUGACAAGCAUGAGGCCUAUGCUAUCGAUAUCCUUUUCUCCACUGGAAAGGGACAACCAAAGGAUAUGGAUACCCGAACAACCGUAUACAAGAAGAACGAAUCAGUCAGUUAUCAACUCAAGAUGAAGGCUUCUCGUGUAUUCUUCUCCGAUGUCAACAAACAGCACGGACCAAUGCCAUUCUCUCUCCGUAGCUUCGAGGAAGAAGUCAAGGCAAAGAUGGGAGUUGUGGAGUGCGAGAAGUAUGGUCUUCUAACUCCAUAUCCAGUUCUUUAUGAGAAGGAAGGAGACUUUGUUGCUCAAUUCAAGGCUACAGUACUCGUCAUGCCAAACGGUCUCCUCAAAAUCGCCGGACUUCCAUUCGACUCCGAUGUCUACCAAUCGGAACGCUCCGUUCAAGACGCUGAUCUCCAAACCGUCCUGAAAUCCGCCCUCAAGCCAAAGAAGAAGAAGGAAGCCAAGAAAGAGGAGCCAGCUGCCAAGAAGGCAUAA